AUGAAUCAAGAAAUCUACGAAGAACUGCUCUUCGCAAGAACUUUGAUAACCGACACUAAAGAUUUUGAAUCUGGGUUUGAGGAUAUUUUGACUAUGGUAAUACCACCGUGGAUAAUUAAUCCAUAUGGUGACAUAGAAGAAACGAAUGUCAUAAUACAAGAGGAACUGACUGAACUAAGUACAAACGAAGAAUUUAAGGUUCAGUUUAAAACGGAUAUCAGCAAUUCUGGCUGCAAAACAACAUACACCGUUACUUAUCCCGUAUUAUGGAAUAUAGCGAGGAAAUUUUUAAUUUCCUUUCCAUCGUCAUACCUAGUGGAAAGGGGGUUCAGCGCUGUUACCAAUCUCCUAACGAAAAAAAGAAACAGACUGGACAUCAUUAGCCGAGGAGAUUUAAGAUUAACCUUACAAAAUUGA